AUGGCUGGUGCUGGUUGUGUCGCCUCUGACAGCAAUCGCAACACGCGGGCUUCAAUCGCCGAGCGCUGGAGGGCUUUGCCGGCGCAUGAGAAAGUCCGGUGGCAGAAGAAGGCAGACGAAGUCGAGGAAAGACGACGUUCGGUGGCAGCAGCUUCUUUCUCGGACCGGCGUGCGGUAGAGACGUCAAACUUGUCUCCUAGCCAGCUGAAGCGACUGUAUGCACGGCGUUUGGGAAGCACGGUGCGGGAGCUUGCAGAACAGGAUGUUUGGACACGUGGGCUCGGGCUGCAAAAUCAUCACUCGCCGCUGCGUCCGGAGCUGGUGAGCGAGGAGCUCGACGUAGCAGGGUUGGCAGAAUCCUUCCGAGAGACUUUUGGGUACGACGCAGAGAUGCAGCGGAACCCAGUCAAACUGCCGACGUUCUGCCGCAGCUAUCUGUGGGCUCACGGUGGGAUCUGCGAAAAGCAUCCCUGCUUUGGCCGGGUGGCGCAGCUCGUGCAUCAGUUCGAUUCCGGGCUGCAGAGCAAGCGCGUUGCGACGAGUCUGCUGAUUGUCAAUCUACAGGAGGAGCACACAGGGCAAACGCAGUGGUUUUUCCAGGGAUGUGUUUGCAGACGACCGCUCCUACACGUGCUUGUGCGGCUUUGGCCGCGAGCUCCUGGGCGGUUGGCUAUGUCGAUGAAAGACGGUGUUCCAGUACUGUUGACAUCGCAUCAGAUGUUCCUUUCCUGUGUCUGCUCCUACCUGUCCAUUUUCCCAGACGAUGCUACAGCAUCCCAACUGCGUCCGCAGGCCGCCAUCUACAAGUCUUUUUCAUGUUCGCACGAAGAGGGCGAUCUGGUGUUGCUGGCUGGCGAGGAGACGCACAACAUCGACUUGAGUUCUCGUUGCAAGCGCGAGGCGGUUCCAAAACCCAAGACCAUGCCAAGUUUGCCGUUUGGCCUAUCGUCCCGCAGUUACAAAUGGCAGAAGAAGGCUGGGCCCGAAGCUUCUGGCCACAGAGUAGCAGAGCAGCCCGCCAGCUCAAGUUCCGCAGGUCCCGUGCCCAGGUAUGACGAGUUCGAGUCAGACUUGCCCCCGGGAGCGGAUGUGGAGUUUUCUCAAGCGUUGAAAGCGGAGGCUGCAGCAUUCAAGGAUGCAGAAGCAGCCCCUGCCUCCUCAUCAUCUGCUGGUGACAAACCUGAAUCGCGCGAGGCUGUCGAGCAGGAUAGCAAGCCUUCCAGUGCUGGCGGCGUUUCCGCAGCAGCUUCCGCUGCUGGCGCUGCCGGCCAGAAUGGUGUCUUCUUUCAACGCAAUCUGGGAGUGCUGGAUAUUGGGCCCAGCCCACGGAAGGGACUAAUGUGCAUGAAUUGCGGUGGCAAGAUUGAGAAAGGGGAAUUGAAAUUCAGCUUCGCAUACCGCUUGAACAAACCUCCUCGAUCGAUUCACGUGGCAUGUGUGGCCCAGAUUCAGAAGGAUCUGGUUCAGCCGUGCAUUGAUUCCUUGCAUCGGCUAUUGAUGAACCCGAAGGUUCAGGAAUCUGAGCUGCUGAAGCCUGCUUGUACUCAAGCUUUGGGAUUUCUCGAGGGGUAG